AUGAUAAUUGACGGAGAGAAAUAUGCUUGCGAGGCUUGCGUUCGCGGCCAUCGUGUAAGCAAUUGUCAACACUCUGACCGCCCUCUUCAGCAUAUAAAUAAGAAGGGUCGACCAGUAUCCCAAUGCGCACACUGUCGCGCCAUGCGCAAGUCGCGUUCCGCUCACGUUAAAUGCGACUGCGGCGAGAAAACCAGCAAAUGUGCCCACUUGCAGCCGACCGUCGAAGGGCACACCGAGACAUGCUGCUGUAACCAUGGCGGCCGCUGCAGCUGCUCUCUCAAGAAGGAGCCUGCUCUUGAUACCGUCCCCGAGUCCGACUCGGAGCGAGAGUCCUUGACAAUGAGUGCUUCCGGCCGUCCCAAGCCCCCGGGUCGGCGACGAAGAGCGAACACAGUUCACUCGGACGGUGUCUUGACCUUUGACCAGAAUGGUCACCAUAAACCUGCCCACCGGGGCAGCCGAGUCUCACAGAAGUGUGGCCCCUACCAGCUCAACAGGGUCAACUCAGCCCACAGCACUGGCAGCCUCGGCACCGAUAGCAUGCUGAAGGGCACUCGAGAACCUCCCAGCAGCCGGGCACGUGCCGCCUCGACCCGAGAGCAGCGACGAGUCAAGUCGGAAACUGCCUCGCCGCUCAUGAGCGGUGCAACAGGGUUCCAAACCCUCAACGGCAAUCUCCCUCCCCUGGAUCUGUCAGGCAUCGAGUAUCCUCCCUACAUGGCCAACAGCACGUUUGACCUUUUCGGAUCAGGGUUCAACUCGGAGGCUGAUGCUCCCAUGUACAGCGCGGGACUGAGCGCGACAUCAGUAGACUGGAGCCACUACGAUCUCACAGACAUGAAGGGCGACAGCUUCACCCCUUCAAGCUACAGCCAGGCCGGAACUCAGAGCUUCAACGGUCUCUUCGACUUUGGCAGUGGUUCAGAACAACUGCCCCAUCUUGCCAACACCACCUCGACUUCGGGUGAGGUAUCUGAAGUUGAAGACUUCUUGCCUGGAGGUGAAGGCGAUUUUGACGGCCUCGACGGGUUCGGUCGUGGCAACAGCUUCAUGCGACAGAGCGGCAGCCUCAUGGCUAGCUCAGCUGACCUCAGCAGCAUCGACUACGACAGCUUCUACAAGGGAGCCGACAGUGGCCCAAUGGCUGGCGCCGGUCUCUCGAUGGUCGAGGACGACCCUGCUUUCUGGAUGCCCAAUUACAACGAGCGCAGCAUCACUACCAUGGACGAAAGCCCGGAUCACCUCGGCCCUUCUUCGAUGCCCACUUUCUGGGACAUGUGA